AAGGCAAGGCAGCUCUCAAGUUGAUCAGUCUGCUCAGGAAAACCUCUGGUGGAGAAAGUAUUGGAGUCCAAGCUGAAGGGGAGAGAACAUUGAGAUUUUGUGCAAAGAAUUAUUUUUGCUCCUGCAGAGGACAGUAUAUCUCGGGGGGAAAGAGCACAUGUAUAUUUGAAAUUGGUCAUUUUGACUCUUUUUUGCACGGUGCACAGAUCUUUUUUUUUUUUUUAUAGAUAGCAACACUCCUGGAUAAAGACUCUUGGCUUUAGCUUUAAAAAAUCGGAUUAUCUGACUGAGGCAUUGUGUUCAUUAGACCAGUCUACUUUUCCCCCCCCUCCUCUUCGCAUUUCAGGUUUUUAUGCCAUAACUGCAGAGAACACCCAACAAUGAUUCUGAGUUUUUGCCUCCUGGUGACAUUUAUCUUGGGGCUCUCCGGGUGCUUGGGCUCAUACGUGCCGUGCGAGCCGUGCGACCAGAAGGCGCUGUCCAUGUGCCCUCCGGUGCCGGUCGGCUGCCAGCUGGUCAAGGAGCCGGGCUGCGGCUGCUGCCUAACGUGCGCCCUGUCCGAGGGGCAGGCGUGCGGCGUUUACACCGGGACGUGCACCCAGGGCUUCCGCUGCUUGCCGCGGAGCGGGGAGGAGAAGCCCCUGCACGCCCUUCUCCACGGCAGGGGAAUGUGCACCAACGAGAAAGGAUACAAGCCCGCUCACCCGCCCAUAGAUCGAGACUCUCGAGAGCAAGAGGACACCAUCACCACAGAGAUCACAGAGGAGUUCCAGCCAGCCAAAGUGCCACUCCUUCCUAAAGACAUUGUGAACAGUAAAAAAGUCCAUGCACUGCGCAAGGAGCAAAAGAGGAAGCAGGGCAAGCAGCGCUUCAUCGGCUCUCCCAUGGACUACUCCCCUCUCCCCAUCGACAAGCAUGAGCCAGAAUUUGGUCCAUGCAGAAGAAAAUUGGAUGGCAUCAUUCAGGGGAUGAAGGACACUUCUCGCGUAAUGGCUCUCUCUUUGUACCUUCCCAACUGUGACAGAAAAGGCUUCUUCAAGCGCAAGCAGUGUAAGCCAUCUCGUGGCCGCAAACGAGGCAUCUGCUGGUGUGUGGACAAGUAUGGCGUUCAGCUCCCCGGCACAGACUACAGUGGAGGGGACAUUCAGUGUAAAGACCUGGAGAGCAGCAACAACAACGAGUGAAAAGGGGAGGAACACCGACCCCUAUUCCCCACCCCCUAACCACCACGUGACCCAGGGUCCACGCCUCCUCUCUGAAUCACACCUGUAUGCUUCGCCCUCCGUUCACUUCAAGAUUUUUGUUUUUUCAAAUAGGAAAAAAAGGAGAGAAAAAAAUCCAAACGAAAGAACAGGCUGAAAAAAGGACACCUGUAAUUUCUUUCUUCUUUUCUGUUGUUGACCAAGCACUCAUCUACGAAUGAGGGAACAUGUCCCAGAAGAUUUAAUAGAUCCCUUGACUAUUGCUCAUGGGACCCCUUGAGCCGGGUGCCCUGAUUGCAGAUCCAUGAAAAUAUAUGCACACAAUGGAUAUAUUUUUAUAGAAGCUGGGGGUUUCAGUGCAACACUUUGUAAAAUUGUAAAAUUGACACAAAAUCAUUUUUAAGACAGAAAAAGCAUGAGGCACAUUGAUUUGAAAACAUUUAGGCUGUGGAACACGAUGCUUCUGUGGAACUGACAAUUGGCUGUUGAGUAAUCUUUUUUUGGUCUCUUUUCCAAAAGAAAAAAAAAAGAAACAAGCAAUAGGGAUAUGCUGUAACAGUUGACUCUAUCUGGGUAUGUGGUCUGUCAGAGCACUUAUAAAUAGGGGAACCUGCUAUGUGUUAGAUAACUUCACAAAACGAUGCAUGCAUGAAUGUGUGUAUGUAUGUAUACAGUGUGAGUGCAUGGUAUGUAUCAGCCUAUAUGUUGGCGAAUGAUGGAGUGAGCCUUUUACAAAAAAAAGAAUGUCCUAAUGUCCUAAUCUCUCUCUCUCUCUCUCUCUUUCGUUUGAUUUGUCACGACGAGUAUUGCUAGCGCUUGAAGUGGUCUUGGGGGCUGGCCUUCUCUUUAUUGUAAAGUAUGUCUCUGGACACAGAGCGUUCACAAACAAAAGAGUGAGCAGAUCGUCUCAGAUGAACCUAUGUAAGUGGCUCUCCGACGAUGUAGCUAGCCUGAUAUGCCAACUGUGCCUAUUUGAACGGACAAUGCCAUGCAGGGCGACACAGAGCUUAGAGAGCGCUGACUCUACUGGGGAGGUAAAGAUUUCCAGCUGCAGCGACGGCACUCAAGUUUAACUUCCGACCUUUUUUUGAGUUCGGUGCGCAGGUCAAACUUGCCAGUCGGGCCGCUUGCUUCUCCGACCCAGUUGUGUGAAGUGUAGUUUUGUAUGGUUUUUGUUUGUGCUGUUUUCUUUGCCUUCAGUGAAGUAAAGACCGCCCACUUUUGAGCCAUGUUCCUUUACCAAGUGGUUUCCCCUCAGUACUGCUACUACAGUGUAACCAUGGUGUAUUACAUUACUUUUAAAUAUAGUUAUUGAAUGUUGAUUUUUUUUUCCUGUAGAAACAAAGUAUGACAACAAUGUAAUUGUGCUUGGGGGGGAAAAAAAAAAGAUUUUUAGCCUGUAAAGAAUUUGAAUAGGACCUUGUAGCCUGUCAGGAGACAGUUAUUUGACUACAGGGCAGUCAAAGAAGCUAACCCUCUGGAACCCUUCUGCUUAUAUGCCUCCAGGAAAAGGUUAUCUACCGACGUCUAAUGGAAGCGUGACGGAAACGAAAACGUUACAGGUUAUAACAGGGUCAUUUAAUAGAGUCAUUCUCUCUCUGUGUGCAAAUCACAGUGCCUUCCUACAUGCAAAUACAUUAAAUAGUGACGUGAAAGUGACAUGGAUAUCACACGGGGCAAUUGACUUUGUCGGACUGCCCCCCGCCAGGGCUGAUACUUGAUACGACGAUGGAGAGGUUUAGUUCUGAUUAAGAGGAGAACAAAAGAAUGUGGUAGGUUCUGUAAAUGGUGUCAGCGACGCAUUGCAAAUCUGUGUGUAAUAUCUGCAUGUACCUCGGGGGCUAUUCUGGACAAGAACGAUGUGUGAGGAACCGCUACGUAACCGCAGCCAGUUAGACCUCUGUCUUUGACAACCAAUAAGCUAGGAUUCUCGCUUUCUCAUGUGAAUGCCAAUGUAUAUGAUUGCCAGAGAGUGGAAGCCCGUUUGGACGUAAUUCAACCAUUUCCUUUGCUGCAACAAAAAGGGAAAAUGAUAUGUGCAUCCUAAAUGGCUUCUGGUUGUAUACUAUCAAGGUUUCUUGCCCCUCUUGCAACACCAAAUCCCCACUAACACUUUCGAAAAAAAAAAAGCAGCUUGCACUUAUUUCAGUUACUCACUAUUGAUAUUGACACACAACGACGUCCUAAGAUGUGGUGUCAUGAAGUUAGUGGAACAGAUGAAAAAAAAAAAAAAACAGCCACAAAAGCUAAUUGUUGUGAUUUCUGGUGCUUACCUUGUAAAGGUGGUGCUUUGAGGUAAUGUUUGUCGACAGGGGCUGUGCAGCCCAUGCCUGGGCCCUCCAGUACACAAACCUAUUUUAGAAAAACAUAGAUUGACAAAGUAACAUGCAGCUAGAGAUGUUCUCAUGGCGUAUUUCUGAGAGGAGAGAGACGGAGGGGAGAGGAAGAGCGAGCGCCAUGUGCGGUGGUCAUAAUCAGGGCCUAUCCACUUCCCCGCUACAGGGGUCACCAACUGCAUGAUCUUACAGUAGAUACAGCUAGCAAGACAGUUAUCAGGUCUCAGAGUCACUGAAAUCUGGGGAAUACAAUACUGCAACCAGGAGUAGAGUACCAAGUUCCUCUUUGAUUGGGGAGUCUCUCAAGUUGUUGAAAUAUAACAUAUCUGAUAUCUGGGAUCAUUUAAUGUCUGGAUCAGUCAAGGUUGUGAAUACUUAAAUAUUCCAGUUAUUUGUUUCUUUGUGUGGAUUGCAGGUUGAGGUUCAGGAUUUAAAAUACAACAACAACUCUAUCCUUUGUUUUGUCAGCAGCUCCCUGUUUCCCCACACCUGCUUGCGAGUAGUGACUUCCUCAGUUUUCUCAUCUCCUACUUGGUUUGAAUUCAUAUUCACAUUUCAUACUUCAGUAGUACAGUAAUGACAGUACAGCUUUUUUUCCUGAAUACAUAACACUUUUUGGAUGUAAUGAGUCAACACAAUUGAUCUUCAUAAUUUGGUGUUCACUGGCUUGUGAAAUAGACCCAUCGGUGGCAGGAGGAUUGUGGGAAAUAAAAUGGUCAGUAUUUGGAACUACAUAAGGCAAAUAAAAAAAAAUAAAGACAAAAAAACUCAAAUUAUUAAAGUGAAUAUCACUGUGUAAUAUUUAUUCAACUUGUAAUUUAUGUACUCUUUUAACCUUUGUCUUUUUUGUUAUGACAAAGCAUUUAUUUAAAUAAAGUUAUGUAUUCAUUUAA